AUGCAGAUAAAAUUAAUUACGCUUGUAUUAUUUAUGUUUUGUCUGAAUUGUAGUGUUUGCUGGAAGUUGAAGGAUAUUCUUCCGAUCAAGUACGACGUUGUUCGUGUUAGAAGUGAGCAACAAAUGCGAUCUGUGGGUAAUCGAUAUGCAGUUCUUGAUUUCAUCGGGCUUGUCGAGCGUCACAGCGGCUAUACAGCGGAAGAGUACAAGCUGACGACGCGGGACGGCUAUAUUUCGUUAUUGCACCGGAUUACCGGCAGCCCGUUCAGUCCGAAAGCACCAGGCAAGCCGAUCGUGUUCUUGCAGCAUGGCAUGCUAUUGUCUAGCGACUGUUUCGUUUUAACUGGUCCUGGCAAAGAUCUCGCUUUCCUCCUCGCAGACGCAGGCUAUGAUGUAUGGUUAGGAAACACACGUGGGAAUGCUUACGGUAGAUCUCACGUCAAUUUGAAACCUCAAGACAAAAAAUUCUGGAAUUUCAGCUUUCACGAAAUUGCCAUCUACGAUUUGAGCUUGCAAAUGGAUUAUGCUUUAAAAAUAACGAGUCAAGCGCGUUUGAUUCUCAUAGCUUAUUCGAUGGGCACAACCGAAGCUUUUGCUUUGUUAGCCACACGCCCAGAGUACAAUAGCAAAGUCAGCCUCUUGAUCAAUUUCACCCCGAUUGUCUUUUGGAAACACAAGUUGCCUCCGCAGAUGAAAUGGAUUAUAGAUAAUAGGGAAGCGAUCAAGGAAUUCUUAGAUCGACAUCAGCACUACGAAAUAUUUCCGCAGUCGUCGUUUAUAGGAAACUUGGGCAAAUAUUUCUGCAGCGAUAAAACGAAAUCGACACAAAUCUUGUUUUGCAAUGGAUUCUUUACUGCCGUAGUACCGAUGGUCGAUGUUGCUAGAAUCAACUCGACCACUUACUCAACCUUUUUAUCGUACUUCCCUUCGGGAACCUCAGCAAAGUGUUUCGAACAUUACAUUCAACUUAUUCUAAGCCAAAGAUUCCAAGCAUUCGACUACGGACCUCAGCUGAAUUACAUUAAAUACAAAAAGACAAGGCCUCCGACUUACGAUUUGAACCGAGUCACGGUUCCUACUGCUUUGUAUUAUGGAAAGAAAGAUUAUUUUGCCUCACCCGAGGACAUUGUUUACUUGGCAAAAAAGCUGCCAAAUGUUGUGCUUUUGAAACAAAUACCAAACGAUUCUUUCAAUCACUUGGAUGUCCUUAUAAACAAAGAUGUGAAGAGUUUACUAUACGAUAGAGUAAUCUCGCUUAUACAUAAAUUUACGUAAUCAACAAUCAUUAUUUUUAGUACCAAAGAAAUCAGUCGAUAGGCGUCUAAUGUAUUACUCAUUAUUUAUUGUGAGAA